GAGGAGCAAAAAGCGUUGUACCAAACUGAUGCUCGUACGGUUUCGCGCCAAUGCGAGUCUGCACAAAGCUCAUAUCGUCCACGCACCCUACUCUUCAUCUUGCCUAUCCAACUGUUGAAUCCUUCAUCUGGAACACUCUCAUUCGAGCCCAUGUCCAAGCCGGGUCUCGGCCGGAGGUCCUAACCCACACACCACUCUCCGUCUUUUGCCGGAUGCGCUUCCAUGGAGUCGAGCCUGACUUCCAUACCUUCCCUUUUCUUCUCCAGUCCUUCAAUUCUCCAAUUCAGCUCCACUCAGGAAGACUAAUCCAUGCGCAAAUUAUCCUCUUUGGGCUCGCUAACGACCCGUUUAUUCAAACGUCCCUUAUCAACAUGUACUCGUCCUGUGGGGAUUUGGCGUUCGCGCGUCAAGCAUUCGAUGAGAUUUCCCAGCCCGAUUUAUCGUCUUGGAACUCGAUCAUUAAUGCCACCUUUAAAAUGGGCUUGAUUUGUAUUGCAAAGAAACUGUUUGAUGAUAUGCCUGCAAGAAAUGCGAUAUCUUGGACUUGUAUGAUAAAUGGAUACGUGAGGUGUGGUUAUUAUAAAGAAGCACUGGCCCUGUUUCGUGUGAUGCAAACGGUGGGAGUCGAUGGAGUCAGGCCUAAUGAGUUCACCAUGUCGACUGUGCUUUCUGCUUGUGGACGGUUGGGUGCACUUGAGCAUGGAAAAUGGGUUCACGCUUAUAUUGGCAAAUGUGGGAUGGAAGUUGGUGUGGUGUUAGGGACUUCGCUGAUAGACAUGUAUGCUAAAUGUGGGAGUAUUGAGAGGGCCAAAUGGAUAUUUGAUAAUAUGGGUUUUUGUAAGGAUGUGAUGGCUUGGAGCGCUAUGCUUUCAGGAUUGGCCAUGCAUGGACAUGCUGAAGAAUGCCUUGAAUUAUUUACAAAGAUGAUUAAUCAUGGGAUGAGACCUAAUGCUGUAACCUUUUUGUGUGUUCUUUGUGCUUGUGUACAUGGAGGCUUGGUGAGUGAAGGGAAGGAGUAUUUUAGGAGGAUGAGCGAGGAGUUUGAUAUUACUCCCUUGAUCCAGCACUAUGGAUGCAUGGUAGACCUUUAUGGAAGAGCUGGUCUUAUUGAGGAGGCAUGGGUUUUGAUCAAAUCUAUGCCCAUGGAGCCUGAUGUGCUGGUGUGGGGAGCUCUACUUAGUGGUUCAAGGAUGCAUGGGAGCAUUGAAACAUGUGAGAUUGCCCUUAAAAGAGUAAUUGAGUUGGAUCCCACAAACAGUGGCGCCUACGUGCUUCUAUCCAAUGUGUAUGCAAAAAUGGGAAGGUGGGCAGACGCAAGGCACGUGAGAAAUGUUAUGGAGGCAAGGGGGAUCAAGAAAGUUCCUGGCUGCAGUUCGGUUGAGGUCGGAGGUGUACUUCAUGAGUUUUUGGUGGGAGAUGAUUCUCAUCCAGAAACCAGAGAGAUCUAUAAGAUGCUUGACGAGAUUAUGAGUAGGUUGAGGAUGGAGGGUUAUGUGGGAAAUACUAAAGAGGUGUUGCUUGAUUUGGACGAGGAAGGAAGGGAGUUGGCUCUAUCCCUUCACAGUGAAAAGCUGGCCAUUGCAUAUUGCUUUUUGAAGACGAGUCCAGGUACCCCAAUUCGAAUUGUUAAGAACCUGAGGAUAUGUAGUGAUUGUCAUGUUGCAAUAAAGAUGAUAUCUAGGGUGUUUAACCGAGAGAUUGUGGUUAGAGAUUGCAAUCGAUUUCACCAUUUUACAGGUGGAUUAUGCUCUUGCAAAGACUACUGGUAGAUUGAUAGGAAAAUUCUAACUCUAGUUUAUUGGAAUUUGAAAUCUUCCUUCAAUGGACCACAUGGAAAAAAUAACUACUUAUAAAAA